GGCCAUUAUGUUUAAAUAAAACUGAGAGUAGAAAAAAGUAACCUAUUCUAUAUUUUAUUAUUCGAAAUAUUUAAUUUCGAAUAAUGAGUGCUUCAAGAUUUAAGGGCUGGCGAUAUGCAGCAUUUAUUUCUGGUGUUGUAGGAGCGAUUUCCUUAGCAAUUUAUCCUGUCAUAAUAGAUCCAAUGAUCAAUACAGAUAAAUACAAACGUAUUCAGGAGGUAACUAGGGAAGGAAUUAUACAAGAAAACAUUCAACCUGGAAAUAUGAAAGUCUGGACUGAUCCAUUUGAUCGAAAGAAAUCAUAACAAACUGUAAAUAAACUUAUAGUGUAAAUAAUAGUAAUUAAAUAAACAAUCAACUCAC